AUGGGAGCCUUAGCUGAAGUUGCUGGUGAUGAAAACAAUGGCGAGGGUUCUCGCACCUUUGUCUUUCAAGAUGAAGGCCACACAUUGGGGAAUGCUUUGAAGACCAUCAUUAGCCGUUAUCCAGAUGUUGACUUUUGUGGAUAUACCAUACCUCAUCCCACAGAGAAUAAGUUGCAUUUUCGUAUACAAUCUUCACAGGGUAGGGCCAUAGAUAUUUUGAAGAGGGGCCUUGAAGAUUUGGAGAAAAUAUGUGAUCACACUAUCGACACCUUUGAAAAGGAAGUUAAACAAUUUAAGGUUCCAGUGGCGUAA